AUGGCUGCUGUCCAUGGUCCUGUAGUAGAGAGGAGCAGAAACCUAUCCAAGAACCCUCUGACCACGUUGUCCUGGCAACUGUUCCAGAAUCUGCAACUCUUCGAGCUGAGGCUGGAAGAAGUGGUGUUUGAGUGUGGCUGUGAUAUCCGCUGGAUUCAGCUGUGGCAGCAGCGAGGGGAGGCUGGCCUGAACACCCAGCAACUCUUCUGCAACAACGGAGCCUCCAAGAUCCCUCUGCAGGCUAUGAAUAUCUCACUCUGUGACCUGCCGGACAUCAGUGUGACGCACUUUAACCUCACGGUUGUUGAGGGGGACAGAGUCACCGUCACCUGUAAUGGAUCUGGAUCCCCCCUACCUGAGGUGGACUGGACCGUCAAUGACCUCCACUCCAUCAAUACUCACCAGUCCAAUGUGUACUGGCCCAAUGUCCACUCCAUCAAUCUGACCCUGGUCAACGUGAGUCGUGAUGACAACUUCUACAUGCUGACCUGUAUAGCAGAGAACAAAGUGGGGAUGGCCAACACCUCCAUUCAGCUCACUGUCCAUUUCCCCCCCACCAUCCUGAAGCUGGAUGAGCCCGAGCGUCGCCAUGAAACCUGCAUAGAGUUCACUGUGCGUGGCAACCCCCAGCCCACCCUGCGCUGGUUCCACCGGGACAACGAGAUCUCCCCCAGUGACUACAUCCGCACUGAAAUGGAUACCUACCAGGACUACCUAGAGGGAUGCCUCAACUUCAAGGACCCCACACACCACAACAACGGCAACUACACUCUGGAGGCUAGCAACUUCCUAGGAGUCACCACCAAGACAGUGUAUGGACACUUCCUCAACGCCCCAUUUCCAGACGAUUAUGGUGAUUAUGGGACUCCUACACCGACCAUCACAGUAACACACAGGCCUGAGGAGGACACGUUCGGGGUGUCUAUUGCUGUCGGCCUGGCUGGAUUUGCCUGUGUCCUUCUUGUUGUCCUGUUUGUUCUCAUCAACAAAUAUGGACGGCGGUCAAAGUUUGGAAUGAAAGGACCAGUAGCAGUGAUCAGUGGUGAGGAAGACUCGGCUAGCCCUCUUCACCAUGUCAACCAUGGCAUCAUCACCCCCUGUACCCUUGACGCUGGGCCAGAUGCUGUGGUCAUCGGGAUGACCCGUAUCCCUGUCAUUGAGAACCCGCAAUACUUCAGACACGGACACAACUGUAAUAAGCCUGCUACCUACGUGCAGCAUAUAAAGCGCAGAGACAUCAUCCUGAAGAGGGAGCUGGGAGAGGGGGCGUUUGGAAAGGUCUUCCUGGCAGAGUGCUACAACCUGAUCCCCACCAAGGAUACGAUGCUGGUGGCUGUCAAGACGCUGAAGGACCCCACCCUUGCAGCGAGAAAAGAUUUCCAGAGGGAGGCGGAACUAUUGACGAACCUGCAGCACGAGCACAUUGUCAAGUUCUACGGUGUGUGUGUGGAUGGAGACCCCCUCAUAAUGGUCUUUGAGUACAUGAAGCACGGAGACCUCAAUAAGUUCCUCAGAGCUCAUGGGCCUGAUGCGUUGAUCCUGGUUGACGGACAGUCGCUGCAGACCAAUGGGGAGCUGGGCCUGUCUCAGAUGCUGCACAUUGCCACUCAGAUUGCCGCGGGGAUGAUGUACCUGGCCUCCCAGCACUUUGUGCACCGUGACUUAGCCACUCGGAACUGCCUGGUGGGCAACGGCCUGCUGGUUAAGAUUGGUGACUUUGGAAUGUCCAGGGACAUUUACAGCACAGAUUACUACAGGGUGGGAGGCCACACCAUGCUGCCCAUCCGCUGGAUGCCCCCUGAGAGCAUAAUGUAUAGGAAGUUCACCACAGAGAGCGACGUGUGGAGCUUCGGUGUCAUCCUCUGGGAGAUCUUCACCUACGGGAAGCAGCCAUGGUUUCAACUGGCCAACAACGAGGUCAUCGAGUGUAUUACGCAAGGACGGGUUUUGGAGAGGCCACGAGCUUGUCCCAAGGAGGUGUAUGACAUCAUGUUGGGUUGCUGGCAGAGGGAGCCCCAGCAGAGGCUGAACAUCAAGGACAUCCAGAAAAUCCUUUAUGCCUUGGGCAAAGCCACACCUGUCUACCUGGACAUCCUGGGCUAGUGUACGUUGAGUUUUGUCUAUCUGUCUGUUUUGUUGUCUGUCUCUACCCAACAGAUGAACAAAACCCCAGGAAUAACUCAAACAACGAGUACCUUAUUGCUCCACUGGCAAACACCUACAAAAUGGGGAUGGACUUAAGUGCCUGCUACUCCUUUCGAUACACUGGAUAACAGUCUUAAAAAAAAGCACUUUUACAUUUUGUUUACCUGCAUUCAAAAAUGUACAGUUGCUGUAUACUAUAUGAAGAGGACAUACUUAAGUUUUUCGUAAAAACAGCCAACUUAAAGUAUCACAAAAAAACAAAAACAAAAAACAGGAAGAAAACCACCAAAAAACCCACCAAAAAAAUUCAAUAAAAAAAAGCUGAAAACCCUGGAAAUUUGUUUUGCUUUUGGGAUCCUGCCAUCUUGACAGAAGAUUUCUUUUUCCUUUUAUAAAUAUAUAUUAUAUAUAUUUUUAAUUUAUUUUUAUUUUCAAAGUGUGGAUAUCUGCCAUGUUUCUCGCUAAAGGUACGGUAUGUCACAUGUUGGAGAUGACUGGCUGAUAUUGGCAAGUCAGACAAUUGGCAGGGACUUAUUAAAGUAGGCCUUACUGCACUCUGAUUGGCUAGAUCUAUUCUCUGACUCUGGAUCCAACGAGGCGCUUAGUUACUGAUGGGAAACAGCUUUUCAAUGAGACGUGGAACUCAUAGAAAAGACAGAGCCACCAAUCAACACAGACAUCUUAAUUUAAAAUUGAAUGUAUAUACUGUACAUUUCUAUGUCACAAAAAUAUGUUAACUUAUUUCAUUUCCUAUUUAGACUAUUUUAGUUUCUUGAUGUGUUGUUAUGGUGAGUGAAUUCUAUAGAUAUUUUGAUAAUCUUUCAUUUUUUGUUACUAUGUUAUUUCUGUUGGUUUUAAUUAAUUUCAUCUACUUUAUUUAGGCUUAUCAUUUUGAACAUGUGAUUAUAAUGUGACAUUGUGAGUCAGGAUGUUAGGCUGUGACAUGAAGAGGAUUUAGACUCAGUAGAGUAAUCAGGACAGACUUUCAGCAAGAUGCAUACAGUAAAGUAGAAAGUGAUUAUGAAGAUCUUACAUAGCCCCCCACUCCCUCUCAUCCCAGCUCAUUGUUUUGUUCUUUCAGUGUAAUCUAGUAAUAGUCAUGUAUCUCAUGUACAGUACAUCUAGCCAGAGCAAAGAGCUAUAGCUAUGAUAUUGCAUUAUUAGCUGUCAGUUGCUGUCUCCUAAAAAUUAAUUUUUUAUGACAUUGUAGUAUACUUCAUCUUGUUUUCCAGGUUGUGAAUAAUGUUAUUCAACUGCCUUCAAAUAGUCAUGACCCUGACGCUUCAAUUCUGGCAGUUUAUACAAUAGGCAAUGUAUUACUGGACAUUAUACACAUUGUAACACUAUACAUUCACAUAAUAGCAGUACCUUACUCUCAUUUUCCAUACUCUAAACACUUAGAUUCAAGUUAAAGCAUUCAUCUGAUGCAGGCUUGAGAAUGUUUUCUUCUCUCAAUGUGCACAAGGUUCCAUUAAGCAAACGAUCCUUUAAGUUCCCCAGCUCUCCCAAUGUUAAACAAUAGCAAACUUGGCAAAACACAGUCACGUGAAUUAUUCAUUAAGUAGUAAUGAUAGAGCACUCUGUAGCUAUGGGGGCUGUUUGAAACAUUGCACUGUGAUGACAAACACUGGGGCUUUGGGAGAAAGUGCUCUCUCUCUCUCCUCUCUCUUUCUCUCUCUCGCUGCUACUGCUUUUGCUGAGUAAUGUGAAUCAUUCAAGCUUGUGUUUGGUCUCAGUAACACCCCAAUGAUACAUCCAUAAUUAUUCAAUGCUGAGCCAUACUGGCACCAUGUUUUGCCUAUCUGCAUUUUCUUUAACAAGGAGAGAUAUUAUUUUGUGAUCAUUUUCAUAUUAACAUUUAUGUACACAAUCAUUUGUCUACUUCAACAAAAAUGUAUUUUAAAAGCUUCAAUAUUAAUUAUCUGGUCAAAACGUACAAUUAAUGUACUUUUAUUUUAAUUAAAAGUUCCUUCAUGUUAGAAUGGCGACACACUCAA